AUUAAUGCCAAUAAAUACCCAAAAAAAUCUCUCUCACUUCUCACAUUCACUCUGCUCUGCUCUGCUGCCAUCAUCACACAGCACCAAAAAAAAGAGUUACUAAAAUCUCAUUAUUUCCACUUGAACGACACCGUCCUCUGUUAUGGGUUGUUGCCUCAGUUCCGCCACCACUGACCAGAAAGAUGAACUCGUCUCCGGCAAGAACACCGCACCACCUCCAUCCGUUGUCGAUGAAGAGACGGUAGUCAAAGAAGUCUUGUCCGAAACCACAUUUCUCACUUUCUCUGACGACAAUUCGACGGUGGAGAAGAAGACGUCGUCGAUAAAGAUUCAAGAAGACGAGGAGAAGAAGAAACCCGGAAUUGUCGUAGACGACGUAGCUACAGAACCGGUUAUGACCAAGCCCGGUUCUGUUAAACCGGAAAAAGGAUCAGAGGUUUCGGAGGUGUGUAGUAGUUUGAGCGAGAGUUUGCUUUCGAUCGUGAAGAAGUACGACGAGGAAGAAGUGAAGAAGAUGAAACCUCAGGGAGUAGUUAGACAGAGAUCUCCGGCGAAAUCUCGGAACCGGGUCAUGGUUGGUUAUCCGACCCGGAGAACUGAUAUGUCUCCUCUUAAGAGAAACACCGAAGGAGAAGAAGAAGCUGGCUCGGUGAGACUGGUUCCGUCUGGUACGUGCAAGAGAGAUCCGCCUGAAUUAUCGGAGAGAAGGUCCAGGUCGCCGGCGAUGAACAGGUCCGUCGUGAUGGGUCCAACUCGGAGUCAACAGAGUACGGAGAGUUGUGUAGCAACGAGGAAAAUAAGCCAGUCUCCGGGUCGGGUCAGACCCGGUUUGAAUAAGAACGUGUCGGAGCAAGAUUGUAGUCAUCAUCACAAGUGGCCCGGUUCUGUCGGGAAUUACAAUACUGCCCCAAGCGACACGUUUGAGAACCCUCUUGUUUCACUAGAGUGUUUCAUCUUUCUAUGAGAGAAUGAUUUUUAAUUCGGUAGGAUAAUAUUCUCUAAUUAUCGCCGGAAUUUAUAAUUUUCAGAAACUUAUCUAUUCAGUUUUAUUUCACAUGCUUCGCCAGUGUCAAGGAUCUUGUUUC